AUGUUGGACCGUUUAUGUGCUAUGUUACUGUUUGUGAUUUUUGUGGGAGCCUUUGGAUCAGAGAACACUGAAUACUGUGAGAUGCUGGGAGACCCAGUGUUUCCUCUAUUAUCUAAGGAUGGAGAUAUUACAAUUGGAGGAGCUUUCUCCAUCCAUAGCCAAAUAUCGAAGCCUUCUCUCUCCUUUACAGAUGUUCCAGAAGCUCUCACAUGCUCCAGAAUACACUUAAGAGAAUUUCAUUUUGCCCAAACAAUGAUUUUUGCCAUCCAGGAGAUCAACAAUAGCACCUCAUUGCUGCCUAAUAUCUCGAUUGGUUAUAAGGUAUUUGACAGCUGUGGUUCAACACUGACUUCAACGCAAGCAGUGAUGGGUCUAUUGAAUGGACAGGAAAGGACUUUGGGUAAAACAUGCUCAAGCCAGUCAUCUGUUCAUGCCAUCAUCGGAGCCUCUGAUUCCUCCUCAACAAUUGUGAUGCUACAAAGUUCAGGGAUUUUCCAAAUACCAAUGAUCAGCCACUUUGCCACAUGCGCUUGUUUGAGUAACAGAAAGGAGUACCCCUCUUUCUUCAGAACCAUCCCUAGUGACUAUUAUCAGAGCAGAGCCGUGGCCAAAUUGGUAAAGCAUUUUGGCUGGAAGUGGGUUGGGGCAGUUAGAAGUGACAAUGAUUAUGGUAACAAUGGCAUGGCAGCAUUUAUCACAGCUGCACGCCAGGAGGGGGUCUGCAUUGAAUACUCAGAAGCCAUAUCAAGGACUGACACCAGUGGGCACAUUGCAAAGGUGGUCAGAGGGAUAAAAAGUGGCACUGCCAGAGUUUUAGUUGCCUUCGUAGCCCAGGGUGAAAUGGACAUUCUUCUUGAGGAAGCCCUGAAGCAGAACCUCACUGGGCUGCAGUGGGUGGGCAGUGAGUCCUGGAUUACAGCAGGUCAUCUGGCAAGUAAGAGGCACUCAGGAAUCCUGACAGGGACUCUGGGCUUCACCAUCAGAAAAACAAAGAUCACAGGCCUCAAAGAGUUUCUUUUGCAAGUAAACCCAGGUCAAGACCCUCAUAAUAAUCUGCUUAGAGAGUUCUGGGAAGCCACAUUUGGUUGCAGUUUUCAGUCCGGUCUCCAUGGUCAGACCCUGUGCUCAGGCUCUGAGAUACUAGAGGACAUCAACAAUCCUUUUACAGAUGUGUCAGAGCUAAGGAUAUCCGGCAAUGUGUAUAAGGCUGUGUAUGCUGUGGCUCAUGCCAUGCAUAACAUGUUAAAAUGUGGUGAUGCCAUGAAUCCUCAGUGUAUCUGGAAAGAUGACUUUGAGCCAAAACAGGUUGUGAAACACCUCCAAAGUGUGAUUUUCACCCUUCAGUCAGGAGAAAGUGUGUAUUUUGAUAGAAAUGGAGACCCUGCAGCGACCUAUGAGCUGGUGAACUGGCAGAGAAAUCCAGCAGGAGAUACUGUGUUUGUGGCUGUAGGGAGCUACGAUGCAUCACUACCAAAUGAAAAGCAGUUUAUAAUGAAUGGAAUAAACACAACAUGGGCUGCUGGAUCCCUAACG